AUGCCAGGGAAUCAAUCACAUUUCGAGGAGCUUGAAUCCUUUGACGUCAGUUUUGCUCCGGUGAAGAUCACUAAGUGGAGAUCGUAUCGCACAGGUUUGCAAGUAUGCUAUAUUGAUCAGCCUUCUCCCAUAGUUCAGGGAUAUUUUGCGGUUGCAACCGAGAUUCCGGAUGAUUCUGGAUGUCCUCAUACAUUAGAGCAUUUGGUAUUUAUGGGUUCGCAGAAAUAUCCUUACAAGGGCUACUUAGACACCUUGGGGAAUAGGUUCUACUCCUCCACCAACGCUUGGACCAGUGUUGAUCAAACUGUGUACAACAUCACAACUGCUGGAUGGGAAGGAUUCAAGACUCUUCUCCCCAUUUAUUUGGAGCAUAUUCUCUAUCCAACCUUGACGGAUGAAGCUUGCUUAACUGAGGUGUACCAUGUUGAUGGAAAAGGAGAGGAGAAGGGGGUUGUUUUCUGUGAGAUGCAGGGAUAUGAAACUCAACCCACUUUCCAGUUGUUCUUGAAGAUGCAACGUACUUUAUAUGCCAAAGAAUCCGGAUACUCUUCAGAGACGGGAGGAUUGAUGAGUGAACUCAGAAAUUUGACAAAUGAACAAAUCAGAGAGUUCCACAAGAGUUUAUACCGUCCUGACAAUUUGUGUGUGAUAAUAACUGGGUCAAUCGAUGAAGAAGAGAUGUUGAAGAUAAUGAGUGACUUUGAUUCUGAAUUGCCUCUCUUGCCUUCGAAACCAAAUAAAAGGCCAUUUGUCGACUCAGUUCAUGAUGAGCGUUUGAAGGAAUCGCUUGUAGAAGAGUUUGAGUUCCCAGAGAAAGACGAGUCGAUGGGUGAAAUUUUAAUUAGCUGGAUUGGUCCAAAAUACGAUGAUAGCUUGACGUACGAAGCUUUGGAGAUGUUGGGAUACUACUUCACAGAAAAUGCCAAUAGUUUGUUUAAUAAGAAUUUUAUUGAAGUUGAAAAUCCGUUGGCUAAUGAGGUUUACCAUAGUUAUGAUAAUUAUUGGAACACGGGAAUCAAUUAUGUUUUCAGCGGAGUUCCUUCUAAUCGUUUGAAAGAACUUGAUGAGAAAGUCAAAAAACUCAUAAAAGAGCAAGCCAAACCGGAAAACUUCAAGUUGGACUUCAUGAAACAGAUCAUUAGACAACAGAGAUUGAGUUUGAUAUUCGAUUGCGAAAAGAAGCCAACUCACUUUCAGACUUGUGCAGUUCUAGACUUUUUAUACAGCCCCGUUAAAAGUGAAAAUUUGAAGAAAUGGGCCAACUGUACAGAUGAGUAUGAUACAUUACUCACAUGGAAGGCUGAACAAUGGUGCCAGAUUAUUGAAGAAUAUUUGGUGAAGAACCAUUCUGCUACUCUUUUGGGUAAACCAUCUGCUGAAUUGAAUAAGAGAAUCAAAUUGGAGAAUAAGAAAACCAAAGAAGAUAGAAUAGCCAAGUACGGAGAAGAGGGAUUAAAGCAGUUGGAAGAGAAAUUAGACAAGGCAAAGACGAAGAAUGACCAGCCAAUUCCCGAAGAGUUGUUGGUGAAAUUUGGAAAGCCAGAUCCAUCAAAAAUCAACUUCAUAGAAACCAAGUCGUAUAAGCAGGGUCAAAAUGAUCUAGUUGCUGGAUAUGAGACUUCUGGUUCAUUUCAAGAUAAACUUGAUGCUGAUAAACUCGAAGAGAAUCCACUUUUCUUUCACUUUGAAGACUUUAAGUCCCAAUUCAUAACCAUUCACUUGGUGAUGUCCACCAAGGAUGUUGACAAGGAGCUAUUAAGGUACUUGUCGAUAAUGGAGGAGAUUUUCAACAUGGCUAUCACCUUACCAGAUGGUACGUAUAUUCCUUACGAAAAGGUCAUCAACACAUUAAAUGAUGACUUGAUUGAAUUUGAAUUGGAUAAUGGUUUUGAUGGUCAGUUUUUAGAAUUCAUUCACAUUAAGGUCAAAUGUGAAUUCACCAAGUACAAAGCUGCAGUUGACUGGAUGUACAAGAUCAUGACCAUGAAUACCAUUGAGAAAGAUAGGAUCAAGGUUAUUGUCGAGAAGAUAAUCAAUGCUUUGCCAGAAAAAAAGAGAAGUGGCGAACUCAUGAUGUACUCUAAGCAAUUUAGGACGUUGUUCACCAAUGACUCUACUAGAAGAGCUCAAGACCCUAUUUACAAUGAGGAAUUCUACAAGCAAUUACUCGACGAUAUUGAGAAUGAUAAAUUUGAUAAGAUCAAGCAAGAUUUGUCCGCUUUCAAGAAACAGUUGUUUACCCUCAAUAACUUCAAAGUGUUUGUUAAUGGAGGAUGUGAGCAAAUAGUGAACCCCGUUUCAUCUUGGCUAGACUUUAUUAAAGCGUUUGAGCCCACUAAUGAACUCAUUCCUAUAAAAUCGUUGCCCAGAUCGCACCAGUUUCGAAGUGAAAUUGGAUUGAGAUGCUCGAAAAAUGUAUAUGCUGUUACCAUUGCUGCAAUAGAGUCCAGUAAUCUUGUAACAUUGACCAAGAUUCCUGUGGAUUACUUGGAAGAUGACAUCUUCAAGAUAGCCUUGGCCAGUGAAUACUUGAAUGCAGUGGAAGGGCCCUUAUGGAGAGGCCUCAGAGGGACUGGACUUUGCUAUGGAACUAGCGUUUCUAGGAACAUAGAAACAGGAUAUUUGAAUUACUCGAUUUACAGUUCCACUGACGUCGAACAAGCCUGGAGCACAAGUAAAAAAAUUAUUUCCCACUACGGCAACGGAACCAGUAAGUUUGAGAAGCUGAAAGUUGAAGACAGUAUUUCUGCCAUUAUGAACGGUCUUGCAAACGGCCAAUCCAACUUGUUUGAUGCCUCGAUGGUCAAAGUGGCAGACAAUGUGUUCAGAAAUAGAGGGCCCAACUAUAGAGCCAAGUUGGUUGCUAAGUUGAAGACCAUUACUGAAGAAGAGUUGGUGAGUGUGAUGAAUAAGUACUUCAAGAAGUUGUUUGAACCUGAACAUUCGAUAGUCUUUACCAGUAUUCCAAGUUCUAAAGGUGAACAAGUUCAACUGUUUUUCCAAAAAGAAGGGUAUGAAGUAGAGAUCGAGGAAGUCAGCAAUGAAGAUUUGGAACUAGAGUCCGAAGAAGAAGAAACAGAGUCCGAAGGUAGUUCAGACGAAUCUGACAGUGGGUCAGAUUUAGAGUAA